AUGCCUCACGCAACCGAGCCCCCCGCGCCCGACGCGGAGGAUACCGCCUUCGAGAAUGUGAUGCGACAGAUGAACGGUCCCUUCGGGGAAGGCGACAUGUCGUUCGAUUUCCUCUCCCGCGACUUGGAACCCGGCGAAAAGGCAGACGACGCGGUGGACUACGAAGAUUUCGAUGACGACGAGCUACCCGAAGAAGAAGAGCGAACCGGACCGCCCGCCGAAAAUGGACUCGGGGAACAAGAAGACGACGCAGAUAAAGGCUUGUUUGAAGCGGAGGAGGAUGAUCUCUUCGGUGGCCAGGAGGACGAAAAUCAACAACCACCGCGCGAUGAACUGGACGACCUAUUCGGCGAUGGCCCCUCUUCUCCCCCAGCGGAACAUGCCGACGCAACACGAGAUUUGUUCUUCGAGGAGGAAGGUGAGAGUGCGAAGCCAGCAGAGGCUCCGGAGCCUGUCGAAUCCGCGCCCGCGCAGCCCGAACCCGUGCCGAUGGACGAAGACGAGGACGAACCUAUGCAGGAAGAUGAGGCCUUGAGUCCGACAGCGGAGGAUAUGGACCCGGCUUCUCUUCGCGCCUGGAAGCUCCAACAGGCUCUGUUUGCUAUGUCGUCUUAUGGUCCGGAAAACGUGCCUGCGCCGCCAGAGAAUGUCGAGGAGCUGUUGCAGUCGCUGUUCCCAAUGUUCGACAAGAAUGCUCUUCCGCGUUUCCUUGAGCUGAUCCCCCACAAGAAGGCCUUCUUUGUCGGAAAGCAGCCUCUGAAGCCCCCGAAGCCGGUCAUCCCUAACAAGGUGAAUAUCGAAUUGGCUCAUGACCAAGAGCGAUCGUUCAAGUCUGGAGGCCAGUCGCUCAAACGUUCGCUGGAGUCGGAGCAUUCCGGCGUGGUUCCCGUCUUGGAGGCGGCCCAGGAGGAGGAACAGGAGAUCAAGGAAGAGUUUGAUCAGGACACAGAUACGGAGGAAGUGCUCCCUGGGGGUAUAACCCAUCAUGACCUUCGUGUUGUCUGCGCGGACUGGGAUGUGAGGGAUGACUUCUCCAUCAUGGACGUUGAGGAGGCGGAGGUCAAAGAAGCCGAUGUUGAUAUGGAAGACGACUGGCUUCUAGAAACCACUCGCCCCGCGAAGAAACGGAAAAUUGGAAGAGAUCCGCUUGAAAUCGUCGCCUUGUCCCAUAUUGAUGUACCAGUGAUUGACGACCCGCAACAAGCCACUUCCCGCAUUGCUCAAAAGGUGACCGUUGACAUGAACGAUCCUCAUAUUCUCCUUGACGAGCGAGGAGCGGAGGCUGCUGCGCAGAAGCCAAAGGCGCUGGGUGCUCUCAAGCGGGACGAGUUGGAUGCCAGUGUCACCAAACGUCUGACCUCACGUUACAACAUUUCGAACGAUCAGGCAUACGAUAUGCUGAAACAGAACCAUCAGAACAAGGUUCGCAGUACCCUGGGCAACGUUACCUUGGAGCACAGUAUGCCUGCCCUGCGUCUGCAAUGGCCUUACUACAAGACCGAGCUGUCCAAGGCCGAAGCGCGUUCUUACCAUCGCCCUGCUCUCUCUUUCCGGCCUGGACAGACCUGUUGGUUUAAAAACCCAGCUUAUAUCAAACGAAAGCACCAAAAGGGCAAGGACGUCAAGCAACUUUACGACUCUACAAAGUCGCUCUCUUUGGCUGACAACUCCAACGUUCUGCUGGUGGAAUACUCCGAAGAGGUUCCACUCGUGCUGUCGAAUUUCGGUAUGUCAAAUCGGAUUAUCAAUUACUACCGGAGAAAGAGCAUGGAAGACCCCACUCGCCCCAAGGCCGAAAUUGGCGAAACCGCGGUUCUCCUCCCUCAGGAUAAGAGCCCCUUCUCCAUCUUCGGACACGUGGAUCCUGGCGAGGUGACGCCGGCCAUAUCUAAUUCUAUGUAUCGUGCCCCAUUGUUCGUGCACGAAGCCAAGAAGACCGACUUCUUGAUCGUGCGUAGCAGUACUGGCUCUGGUGGUAGCGAUUAUUACAUCCGUAACAUCGAGAACCUCUAUGUUGCUGGUCAACAGUUCCCGUCGGUAGACAUUCCUGGACCCCAUUCACGAAAGGUCACAACGGUGGCCAAGAACCGGAUGAAGAUGCUGGUAUACCGCCUGUUGAAAAAGAGCCCAGACCUUCGGCUCUCUAUCAGCGAUGUCACCGCACACAUCCCAGGAACCAGCGAUAUGCAAAAUCGACAAAAAGUCAAGGAUUUCCUCCAGCACGACAAAGACUCCAAGUACUGGGUGCCGAUGGAACCUGUGCCGGAGCAGGACGUGAUUCGGUCGUGGGUCCAGCCCGAGGACGUUUGUCUGCUUGAAUCUAUGCAGGUCGGUCAGCAACAUCUGCACGACACUGGUUUCGGCAAUGAUGCCGAGAAAACCGGAAAUGAAGGCGAGAAAAAGGAACGGGAAGACGAAGACAGAGAUGGCGACGAGGAAGGGGAGAGCUUCGAGCAACAGAUGGCACCUUGGAAGGCAACCCGCAAUUUCCUCCUAGCAUCGCAGGGCAAAGCAAUGCUCAAGCUACACGGUGAAGGUGAUCCUACGGGGCGUGGCGAAGGCUUCAGUUUCAUCAAGACAUCAAUGAAGGGCGGCUUCAAGGCGGUUGGCGAGAGUGUGGAAGAUAAGCUCGAUGCCCAGCGGCUCAAAGAGCUUGGGGGCCACAGUUACAAUGUUGCCCGGCAGCAAAAGUCAUAUGAAACGUCCAUCCGACGCAUCUGGGAUUCCCAGAAGGCCAGUCUGUCUUCAACAGUCGAACAUUCGGACGAGGAAAGCGACAUUGACCGCGAGGAAGAGGAGGAGUUCGGCAAGCCAACCCCACGAUCAGAGGCUCCCACUCCUGCUCCUUUCCGCCGUGACGACGAGACGAUGAGUCAAUUCAGCAGGAUGAGUAUGCCCGCCGACCAAAAGGGCAAGGUUUUGCGCAUUAUGCGGACGCUCAGAGACGAAAAGGGUCAGCUCUACCAGAAGGAACAAAUGAUCUGGGAUCCCCGGGUUAUUCGCCACUACAUCCAGCAUCGGCACCGGGUGGAGGCACUGACCACCAAACUUGAGUCCCUUCAGCCAACGGGCGACAAGGAGAUCGACGCUCGUAACAAGAAGCUCCUGGAAGCCGAACUCAGCCGUCUCAACCGCAACAAGGAACGACGCUUCGCUCGCGAGAAGCAAAAGGGCGCAGCCCGCGCAUCUGCAGGCGACUCCCCGGCCGAUGGCGGCAAAUCCGCUGGGACACAACGGAAGUGUGCUAACUGCGGCCAAGUCGGCCACAUCAAGACAAACAAAAAACUUUGCCCCCUUCUCAAUGGUACCAUGAAACCCGAAGACCGUGUCACCGAUUCCGCCUUCGCGAUGGGUGCUCCGCCCGCGCUGUGA